UCAAAAUAGAUCAAGAUGUUUAGGCACCACAAGCACCAUCAACAUGCCAAGCCCCAUCCCAGUUGGGGUUGGGAUACCUCAACUGAUGAUUUCCAGGUCUAUGAUACCACAGUGUAUUCGAUGCCACAACAAGUUGUCCAUCAUCGGCAGGAGUAUCCAAAGGUUCACAGAACGAUCAACUAUGACGAAGAGGAGCAGCGUCUUCUUCAUGCUCUGCAGACUCUAAAUGAGGAGCGUGAGCGUGAUGAGGCUGCUCGUGUCAAGAAGCGUGAACCUGAUCGUCGAGUUUAUCAAGAAGAUAUUGAUGAAGAGGCUGAUGAGUUUAUUAAAAUGGAGCACAAGAAGUUUGCAAGCAGGUUGAUGUCCAUGAAGACUGGUUGAGAACCAGUGUGUAUGUAGGCCAUGUACAGGCCAAUAACUAUAUAGUUUUUAUGAUAUGUACCAAAGAGAAAUAAUGUGUCAAAGCUCAUCUAGCUGUGCUUUUAAUUCACAGAAUGAUAUCUCAAUUCAGUGUAUAAAUUAAAUUAAUGCAUACUCUCAAUUGUCUGGAGAUCAAAAUGAAACUACGAUACUAGCGCCUUGAAUAAAAGAAAAUACUUCUA